AUGGCUACAGAAAAAGAUCAGAAAAAUCGUGUGAUGACACGUAAAAUCACGUUCUUCGGUGCGUGGAAUGUUCGUUCGUGUUUUCGUCAACCAAAACGACAACUAAUCAUCCAACAACUUAAACAAUAUAAAAUCCAAAUUGGUGUGUUAUGUGAGACUGGAAUGUAUGAUUCAGGGGUAUCAGAGCUUGCUGACCACACAAUCAUUCACUCCGGUCUACCGAGUGAUGAGAAAACAAAAAGGGCCCAUGGAAUGGCCGUGUGUCUGGAUCAGUCAGCAGCAAAAGUGUGGAAAGCUUCAGGAUCAGCAUGGGAAGCAGUCAGCUCGCGAAUACUUACAGUUCGAUUGGGAUGCAAACCGAUUAACAUUACAGUGAUUGCUGUUUAUGCUCCGGUCAAUCCAGCAAAUGGACAAAAAAGUGAAGUUGAGGCAUCGGAGGAUUUCUAUAAAUGUUUGCAAGAAACGAUUGAUAAGGUACAAAAGCAGGAUAUGGUAUUGGUAAUGGGAGAUUUUAAUGCACGGCUGGGUCAACAACAAAAUUUGACAGCGGGUGAAGUGGUUGGCAGACAUACAGUUGUGGAAAAUCUCAAUGGUGAAUUACUAGUUGACUUUUGUUCAAUUAACAACAUGGUUGUUACAAACACCUUCUUUGAGCACAAACCUGUGCAUCAAACAUCAUGGAUGCAUCCAGGAACAAAAGAAUGGCACAUGUUGGAUUACACCUUGGUCAACAGAAAGUUUAGAACUAGCGUACACGAUGUUAGAGCUUAUCGGGCAGCAGGGGGCGCCAUUGGUACUGAUCAUCAUCUCAUGCGAACAAAAAUAAGAAUCCACCUCAAAUGUCGACAAAAGAAGAAAAAGAAUGGACGGCUUAAAUUAGACCCAAAGAAACUUCAAAAUCAAUCACUGACAAAAUGUUUUGAAGAUGAGGUAGAGGAGAAACGAAAGACUGAGUAUUCAAAUGACAUGUCUUUAGAUGAAAAAUAUGCCAACUUCGUUAAAUAUGU